UUUCAAAUAUAUUUCUUGGGAUCUGUCAAUUUCUUUAAAGAGUGCAACAUCAAGUCUAGAAAGAGACCAACAACUCUUGUCUAUUUAUUGAUAUCUCUCUAAAGUAUCAUCUGGUCGUAUUCAAUUACGAUCUCCUAAUCAAUCCCGAUCAAAUUAUACCGAUUUCUAUCUCUAAAUAAGACAAAAUGGCUAUCAGUCCUCAAGUAACCAACUUGAUCAUCAUCCUUGGGAUGAUGCAAGUCUCUAAACGUGUUCCUCUUGAGGAUCCCAACGUUUUGAACAUUGUCCGUGGAAUUUACAUUCUAUCCAACAUCAUCAUCGCAGGCGUUUACGCUUAUACUCAGUUUUUAAUCAACAAGAAGAAGGAUAUGACUACUCUCAAAUACGUUGAGCAACCCCAAAUGGGGUCCGCAGAAGAACCCAAGCUUGUUACCACUACCGUCCACAAAUAUGAUAGCGAUCAAAUGAAGGCACUCUACAAGGCACAAUUGAUGGGUGUUGGAAUGAUGGCUGUUAUGCACUUGUAUUUCAAAUACACCAACCCUCUCAUGAUUCAAUCUAUUAUUCCACUCAAGGGCGCAUUCGAGGGUAACAUGGUUAAGAUUCAUCUUUUCGGACAGCCAGCCACUGGAGACAUGAAGAGACCAUUUAAGGCACCAGCUGGUUUGAUGAGCAGUCUUCAAGGAGGAGCUUCCACAACACAAGACAAGAAGUCUAUUGAAGCUGCUGAGAAGGCAGGCCGUGGAGGUGUUAAGGACGAAUAGAUGCUCAAACAUCAGACAUGCACGAUGUAAUGUUUUCAAAGACUGGGGGAUCGGAGAACUGGGUAUUGGACUUCAAGUCCAGGGGCAUGGGGCGGUAAAACUGGGGGAUGGACGGGCAAGAGAUUUUUUAUCUCGUUUGUAUCAUAGAGACAAGUAGAUGGAAACGGAAACUACCCUUCAAUGCCAUCAAUACUUUCUACAUUAUACCCUAUCAA